AUGGGGCUAAAAGAUGAGCAAGCAGCCAUUGCUGAAUUUUCGGUUUCAAGCAGCCACCAACCGAAGAAGAAGGAUAAAAUUAUUGAUUGGUUUAUGUAUAAAUAUAUGGCAUCAAGCAAAGUUGAAAAUGGUGAAAUAGAAGCUGCAGUAAGCUUAUUUGGCGAAGGACCUUUUUCCAGGAAGAAGAAGAAAACACCCAUUAGGAGGAACUCAUCUAAACCAAGAUCCAUACAGAAACUGCAAGUAGUAGAAGAAGACAGAGUUCUGCAAUUCCCUGAGAAAGUGAUCAACAAUAAUAGUAUUGUUAAUGUUAAGCUACAGAUCAGUAAUGCAGAAAUUACAAAGAAUAGAGCACUUGAAGAACUUGCAAAGGCUAAAAGGACUGUGGAGGAACUAAACCAUAUGAUCCAAAGCGCUACCUCCAUGACUAGAGAAUCAGCAAACAAGCCCAGAACAGAAGUUGGAAAUGCUUGUAAAGAAAUGUUCUUCUCUUCAUUUGACCAAUUGUAUUCAGAACGAGAGAAUGCAUUGCGCGAAACAGAGGAAAUGAGGAGGAAAGUUGAAGAGUUCAGAAUUGAAGUGGAAUCCAGUAGAAGGAAUCUUGAAGAAACAGAGAAGAAGUUGAGAAUUUCUCAGAAAGAAACUGAGGAAGCAAAAAAAGCAUCAGAAGCAAUGAUGACACUGAAUCAGUUGAGAAUCAUUUCAGAGUCAAAACCCGAAAUCACCAUUUCCAUGGAAGAGUAUGAGGGCUUGAAAAGAAUACAAGGUAUGAAAGUGAAAGCUGAUAAAGAGAUUGAAGACAUGAAAAUUGUGACUCAGGAAGCCAUGAAAAGGGCAGAAAGAGCAGAGGAAGAGGUGCAGAGGUGGCGCCAAAGAGAGAAGAAGAAGAUUGCUAAGUUAGCAUCUAGGAUUUUAGAAGGCAAAGAAGAUAAACCUUAUUCAUCAGUUGGAAAGAAUCUAAGAGGAAUCCUUGGAAAGAAGAACAAGGUUGUCUGUAAAAACAUCUUCCUUUAAGUUGCUUGUCUUCUUGCUGUCUGUAUAAAAC